AUGGCAAGUCAAAUGUCUCAAACAGCGGGUGAUAUUGUGGCCGUUGAAAUUGCCAUACGUGACGACAAUCCGUUCUUCGACUUCAUAAAGUCCAAGCUUACAUUUCGAAGUAUGAAAGCCUCAAGUAUUCCACGGAUGCUGCGGAAAACUAAAGAGACAAUAUCGAACGUCCUUUUACUCAAAAAGGCCAGCACGGACGGUCAGGACGAAGAAGAGAUUGUGGGGAAACAGCAAAGUAUAACAACUCAAUCUACUCAAGAGUUCAAAAUAACCCCGCUGAUCAUUUACUUAGUCGGAGAUUACAAACCAGGCUACCCUCAAUACUGCUCUCUUAUUUCGGCUCACAUUCCUUACCAUAUUUGCCGACGGUUCACUCAGAUGCGAGCCCGACUUUUACUUCUUAAGCAAGAUCAGUUGUCGCUUCUUGAAGAUCAGCUAGAACAAAUUGAGAAUGCUGAGCGAUGUCCCAUUUUCCUUGGUAAUUCUCGCAUAGAUAUAAAUCCUGCGAGAAAAGAAAUUCUCUCUCUGAGAUUCAAAUAGGAUUGAGGGAAUACGGUAUUUGCGGUACGGUAUCAUUCUUGCUGAACACAGCUGAUAGAUGAGCAGACGAAAUUAUUGAGAAAAAUCGAAAGAUUCUCAGCUACCAUACUCCAAAACCCAGAGAUCUAACAAACUUGACCAACUGGAUUGAGAACAGUGCCAGUCUUGCAGCAGAAGAAACUGCAUAUCUCUCGAAGCCAGAUCUCCUUACCAUAGGAAUGCCAACUGAUGAACCUUUACUACAAGUUGAAUUGCUUCUGGGACAUGUAAUCAUGUUCUGCUACGAAAUAUUUAAUAAGGUAACUGCACAACUAUCUGAUCGUUGACUGCAACUCAGUGAGAUAAUAAGUUAAAUCUGCAAUCUAGCGCCCGAAAAUAGACCUGUCCCGCGAUCCGAACGUCUUCAUAUUCUCAAACCCGCGCUGGAAACGUAUCACUCGUGGCCUUAUCGCCUGGAUUGUGGUUUUGAUACUUUUUGUUCCAGUCAUAGUUAUUAAUUCUGUUUCUGGGGUUGCGGUACGAAUGGGGGUAAUAGUGGUAGCUUCUGCAGUUGUUAUCAUGACACUGGCUUUGAUGACAAAAGUAAAGACCUGGGAAAUGUUUCUGGCUUGCGCGACGUGAGCUUCAUAUUCUUUAUUUGUUCAAUUUUAAAACUCCCAGAAGCUGACGUUUGGACUUUUCUAUCUAGUUAUGCAACAGUUCUAGUUGUUUUUUUGCCCAGUAGUACAGCGGUCAACUCGACCGGCCUUCAUUAGCGAACACCGAUUUUAGACGGCGCGAUUAACGCAGAAAGAAUCUUAAUCAUAGCCAUUGGUAGCAACUGAACUUUCAAACAAUCAUGGUGAAUAAUGAGAUAAGAUCAAAA